CUUGCAAACUGGUUUGCAGCUCUGUUCUGGGAGAAGCCCUGCUGGAGUUAGUGGCACUACCUGUUGCAGCAGCAUUGCUGAUAAACAGCCAUGUAAUCCUCUGAGUCAUAACAUAUGAAAUAAGAGUGAGCGUUUUAUAAAUGCAGGAUUUAAAGCAUCAUUGAAAGGGCACAUGUCAUGAAGGACAUCCAUCGUCAUCUUGCUGUGAAGUGGUUGGCGAGUCCUUAGCUCAGAGAGAUAAGAGGAGAAAAAUUGUGUAUCCUUUCAGCAGCCUUCUGUUAAACUUGGAAUACCACAGCUCAAGCACUUGAACAGAUGGAUAAUGGAGACUGGGGAUAUAUGAUGACUGAUCCAGUCACGCUAAAUGUGGGUGGACACAUGUAUACGACCUCCCUCACCACUCUAACGAGAUAUCCUGACUCAAUGCUCGGGGCCAUGUUCAGGGGAGACUUCCCCACUGCCAGGGACUCUCAGGGCAAUUACUUUAUUGACAGAGAUGGACCACUUUUCCGUUAUGUUCUUAACUUUUUAAGGACCUCAGAGCUCACUUUGCCACUGGACUUCAAGGAGUUUGACCUGCUCCGGAAGGAAGCAGACUUCUAUCAGAUUGAACCCUUAAUUCAGUGUCUCAAUGACCCCAAGCCGCUGUAUCCCGUGGAUACCUUUGAGGAGGUGGUGGAGCUGUCCAGCACCAGGAAGCUUUCCAAGUACUCCAACCCAGUGGCUGUGAUCAUCACACAGCUCACCAUCACCACGAAAGUCCAUGCACUACUGGAAGGCAUUUCAAACCACUUCACCAAGUGGAAUAAGCACAUGAUGGACACCAGGGACUGCCAGGUGUCCUUCACCUUUGGGCCGUGCGAUUACCACCAGGAAGUGUCGCUGCGGGUCCAUCUCAUGGAGUACAUCACGAAGCAAGGCUUCACGAUCAGGAACACCAGAGUCCAUCACAUGAGUGAGCGUGCCAAUGAAAACACAGUGGAACACAACUGGACUUUCUGCAGACUGGCACGGAAAACAGAUGACUGAUUCUGACUCCACAGGAGCCACUUCAGUGAUUAGCAACUUAAUUGGACAGUGAACCCAAGAGAGUCUGGAUUUUGACUAAAGCAACAAUAUGGGCUUUUUUUAUACAACUAUUUAUUGUUUAUCAGUGAGGACUGGAGGAGUUUGAUCCUCUAGCAGCUCUGUUCUUUUGUCCGGUUCAGAAAAAAAAAACCGUGCAUGUGCCUGUUCAGUCAAGACACCUUUUUGUUUGAAAGAGGGAGUCCGAAGAAUCAGUACAAUAGGGUAUUUUGUGUCAUUAACACAAUUCUCUGAUUCGACUCAAAGUGCUAAAAUUACCUCUUGUUUAAAUGGUUUCUAAUCCAUCUAAUGCUAUGACACUGGGAGCAAGAAACAAAAAAGAUUUUAAAAUGCAGUUCGGGAGAAGCUGCCAUUGUGUAGACUAAUUUAGUUUCUAAAUCAAUAAACAGUAUUGUAAUAUUCUAGGAAAACAAAUCCCACCCUUUAAAAGUACUUGAUAAGUACAGUUUCUUACAGUUAUGACAACUGUUUCUUUCUAUGCAUAUAAAUCAAGCAACCAAAUAUUAUCUGUAGCCAUGGAAAUAUGAUUACAAAUAUUUAUAUUGGAUUCUAAAUGCAAAAUGUCCCUGUGGUAGAAUUCGUAUUUUUAAUGCCUGGUGCAAUAUUAUUCCCAAGUGUAAUGCCUGCCAGAAGAAGCUAAUAAAAAUGUGAAAUACUAGAAUACUGUUUUGUAUUUUCUUUUUGUCUUUUAGAUCUCUCAUACUUAAAAAAUACAAAUUCAACCAAACAACCCCCCCUCCCCCAAAUCCUGUUUUUUUGUGCUGCAUAGUAGUUCAGGUAUUCUGGUAGGGCCCCAGUUUCUUCCAUUAAUGAUGUAAUUUGCUCCUUUUUAUAUUAAUUAGUUGAUUCAAAUGUCUUCAUUAUAACAAAACUUGUGUUCUGAGAACUGCUUUAGAUUGAUAGAAAGAAAGAUAGCAAAUAUUUGUACUGGCUAAAAGGGUAGGAAUGGUGGGAACGCAGAGCCUAAAUACUUGCAGCUGCUAAUAGAGUUGCUUGGUUUGUCAGCACUUUAUGUAGUAACUUUAUAUAUAUAAUGUAACUGCAGAAUGCUUUUUAUGGUGAUGUUCAAGUCAAGGUGCUCAAAUUCUGUGACUUUACUCAAUUUUAUACAGACAUUUCUUAUCAUACUUAUCCUGGUUCCUUUGUCAUAGUCAUCAAUAGAAUUUCUGGUUAAGUUCUAACUUGAUUGCAGCUGGGAAUAAGGGAGCUGGUAUCUGUUUCGUGGAGUGGAUCCUGCUCUCCCAUGAGGUUAUUGUCCAAAGUAGGUAGGAGCUUUCCAUCCCAUAUCUGGCUCUA